GCUGCUUCCACUCCGUGCUUUCAGUAGAUGGCGUCGGCUGCGUAGUCAUAUACCCUGUGACGUAUGAACGCGGAAAAUAUGUCCUCUAUCAACCAUUUGAAGCCAUUUUCGCUUUGAACAUUAGUCCACUAACUGCAUGUACAGUGUUGGCGCCACAUCCUCAGUCCCACAAUAUUACACACAAGUUGUCCCUCUCACCAUCAUGUGGUCACUGUGGGCGGAGGAACCAGUCCCUACGGGUAAGAAUGGAUGCCAAAUACACGGCCGGUGGUAUGUGAUAGAGGUGAGGAUCCACACCCGCCUGCAGCCAAUCACGGCAAAACUCUCCCAGUGGUGUUAUAAUGUCGACCUUAGUGAAGAUUCAUUGAAGGAUUGGAACCCAAGUUUAAUGCUGGGGACUACAGUACAAAGCACAAACAAGGGCAACUUCUCUUAUCUGGCACUGAAGAACGUGUCACACAAAGCUCCCAGAGAAAGUUUUCUUAGACUUCUUCAAGACUUGCAGACAGAGUUCAAGGUAGAAAUUACCACUGGUUGGUUAAGAUCGCUGACGGGAGAGAACGAAGACUUGCAGUUCAACUUGACCAAGACGGAACUGGCAGUACUGCUCCUUGGAGAAGGUAACGACCAAAUUAGGUCCUCAGUAAGACUCACUAAGAUACCAUGGGCAGAGACCUCAGAAACUAUAUUUUUAAACGUUUCUCUAGCCUUGACAGAAGAUGAAUUGUUGCUAUGCAGCAUUGAGGACGAAGUGGUAGCACGCCCAGCACCUCAACAGAUCUGUUCUACACGAUCAGAACACGUUAACCAAUCAGUAGAUCAAAUGGACGGUGAACAUGAGCAGAAGAAUGUCAUCAAGACAGAACCACCUGAUCAUGACACAGAACAUGAUGAGCCUUUCUCACUAUCACCCGACCUCUUCCAGUCUUACGACCAACGCUGUUCGGCCAAUGGAGCCCCAUCGUCUGCCACAGAAUACCAGAGAGUUAAUGACACCACUUCCACGCCCCAAACAUUCUCUGCCCAAACUGUCAAGAAAGAGGCCUCACCUGACACAUUGUGGUUAUCGUCGACACAAGAUAUCAUUCCCUGGAAACAGGAGAACGAAAUUCAUGGCCGGUGGUAUAUAUUCCAACUGAUGCUGCUCGACCCACUGGAGAGGAUCGUAGCAGAGCUCUCCCAGUGGUCCACAAGUAUCGACAUAAGUACAGAAUUCUUAAGAAACUGGAGCCCAAAGUUAACGCUUGGAAUCACAGAGGAGAGCUCGAGCCAAAACCACAACUAUUACUUAAUCCUGAAGAACGUGUCAAGUAUGGACAUCAGAAGAAGUCUUUUCCACCUCCUUGAAGAUCUCAAGCAUCAGCAAAGGAUACGUGUGAGCACUGGCUGGGUAAGAUGGCUCACAGGACCCAAAAAUGACUGCCAACUAGACAUGUGUAUUUCAAGUAUCAAACUUCUCCUGCUGGGUAGCGUCAAAGAGCAGACAACAGCUUCCAUAUGGGCCGCGAGGAUGCCAUGGCUGGAGAAACCAUCAGUGGCGCUAUUGGACAUCAACUUAUCUAACACGUUUACCAAAGACAGAAACAAAGUUUUACCAGUACAGACGAACACCGGUGUUGCACCGAAGUCGAGGCUGACGGAGCCUGUGUCAGGACCAGUAACUGCGGCAGGACCUGCACCACCAGUAACUGCGGCAAGACCUGGACCACCAGUAACUGCGGCAGGACCUGCACCACGAGUAACUGCGGCAGGACCUGGACCACCAGUAACUGCGGCAGGACCUGGACCACCAGUAACUGCGGCAGGACCUGGACCACCAGUAACUGCGGCAGGACCUGGAACACCUGUAACUGCGGCAGGACCUGGACCACCAGUAACUGCGGCAGGACCUGGAACACCUGUAACUGCGGCAAGACCUGGACCACCAGCAACUGCGGCAGGACCUGGACCACCAGCAACUGCGGCAGGACCUGGACCACCAGUAACUGCGGCAGGACCUGGACCACCAGUAACCGCGUCAGUCACACCUAAGAAGUCAGCACUCAAAAUUGAACAAGAUAAUCUGCGUCUGCAUGCACAGAUAAGGUGUAAGUGUAGCAGCCCAGUAGGCGUGCCUGAUAAGGCAAGCUCCAGCCAGGACUGUAGCAAGUGCUUGUUAACCAAGAGCUCCUGUAGUGAGGAACUACGUUCGAAUUAUCAGCACUACGGGUGUGGCGUGGUUAGAAAUAUCACAGAUGAGCCGCCGCUGCUCACCCCGCCAGCCACAGCCAGUGGUCGCUCCUUCAGCCAGUACACGUUUGUCACUCCUCCAGCCCAGCCACCAGCCUCAGCCAGCCCAGCCAGUGGUCGCUCCGUCAGCCAGUACACCUUUGUCACUCCCCCAGCCAGCCCAGCCAAAGGUCGCUCCAUCAACAACGACACCUUUCUCACCCCACACACCUCAACCCCAACACUCCCGGCCAGUGUCCAAGCUUCCACAUCCUCUCAAAAUGAUGUCCAAACACCGCAGUUCAGUCACAAUACUAGCGGCAGUUCACAGCACAGGCAAUUGCUUGGCUCUGUACCACCUCCUAGCCAAAAUUAUACCCUAAAUCGUACGCUAAUCUCCAAGACCGAUAAACCUGGCCUCCAAUUCUCUCAGACCGAUCAAAGUGGUGCGAUUCACAUCGCGGCUGCACUGAGCUGCUCAAGUACACAGCAUAAUGCUGUGCACACCGACAUAAACGUUCCAGUGCAGUCAGACUUUUGUCCUUCAAGCAGCGAGGCGAAGAUUAUAAGAGAUCUCCAACAGCAUCACUAUACGGACACCGGACAACAUGUAGCUUUCACCGUGACUUCAAGGAAUCCACUGACUGUGCAAUGUAGUGUUUGCAAUACAACAUUUCCCACGGGAAGCAACAUGCAGCAAUUCCAAAAUUUACGUUGCCACAUGUUCGCCGACAGUCACGCUGCCAACCUCGGGGCGCUGAAACAUGGGGAUCCAGUGAACGCCAUAUUUGCCUGGAUUGAUGGCAUCUACAAAAAUAAAUUUGUGCUGAAGAGGACUUUUGCCGUGUGUCGUUGCGAUAAGGUAGAGAUUAGCCUCCUGCCCGCUGACAACCCCUACCAUACCAUACACGCCCAUAUCAAUAGCACUAAGCAUAAAACCGCGAGUAAAAAAUUCGUUGAGAGUAAAGUUAUCACAAAUUAUUUCAAGAUUAAGAAGCCAAGAAGGAUUAAGCAAGUAUCCCCUUAAGCGACUACGCGAUGUUAACGACACUCUUUAACAUGGCAGAGUUGUGCUUAACUCUGCAGUUAUUAAGGGGGCAACAGCCUGCUACUAUAGUCCUGGACAAUGUACAGGACCAGAGUAUACUUGCUGGUUGGUCAGUCAGCACCUGUAGUGGCCUGCUACUAUAGUCCUGGACAAUGUACAGGACUAGAGUAUACUUGCUGGUUGGUCAGUCAGCACCUGUAGUGGCCUUAUUAACCUUGAGGUGCUUCCGGGGCUUAGCGUCCCCGCGGCCCGGUCGUCGACCAAGCCUCCUGGUUGCUGGACUGAUCAACCAGGCUACCAGGUACAACCCUCCAAAGGCUAAUAGGCAUUAAGCCCAUCGCCACCACAAAGGACGACUUACAACAUUAAACUAAUGUGUACAUAAUGUGUGUAAAAUAUUAUGUUUCCGUUAAUAUUACAACACAUAACUACCCUAUUACAACACAUAACUACCUGACCUAACAGUUGUGAGUUGCAACCAGGUGCCAGAUUCACGAAGCAGUUACGCAAGUACUUACGAACGUGUACAUCUUUCCUCAAUCUUUGACGGCUUUGGUUACAUAUAUUAAACAGUUUACAAGCAUUAAAACUUCCCAAUCAACUGUU